AGAGCACCAAGCCAACCGCUGCACAGAUACUCCAAACCCAUUUACGCAAAUCCAUUGAUGCGAGAGAUGCUCCUCAGCUCAGUCCGCAGCCAAGAGGAGUGAAGGACUUCUGAAGAGACAAGGUGAAGCAUUCCAGUCAAUGCAUCCUCCUCCUCAGUGACACAAAGGGGACCGAUGGUAUAAAAGAACUGUAUGUUUCCUCAACAUUCACACUUUACUCUCUUCUUCUUCGGUCCUCAUCUUUCAACUUUUGGUCUAGUCUCAGCUGUGUCCGUAAGAUCCGGAGCUAAGAUGACUUUCUACGAUGACAUUUACCCAUUCUACCCUCUACAAAGGACCUCCUUCAUCUUCAAUGGCAACUUGCUCACCAUUAUUCUGGUCUUCCUUGUGCUAGCAGUCAGUCUUCUUCUCAUUCUGCCAGGGAUACGAGGGAAGUCGAGGCUGUUCUGGAUGUUUAGACUAAUUAUCAGCUUGUUCAUAGGCGUGGUGAUAGUGGCGCUCAAUUUUACUAAUGACUGGGCUGAGGCCAAAAUGACCACUAAUGCCACCUACAAGUCUUUCAGCAACGCAGUGGUUAACGCUGAGAUCGGCUUGCAUGUUGGACUGUAUGGCAUUAAUGUCACACUAAAGGGGAAUCCUGUCAUACAGCUCAAUGAGACCAUUGACUACAAUGAGAUAUUCAGCUGGCACGACACUAUUGAAGAAGAGUAUGAGGAAGCUCUGGAGAAAGGUUUACCCAAUCCCAUCCUGUACAUUGCUGAGAAAUUCACCCUGAGCAGCACAUGUGGACUCAUCUUUCAGUACAGAUACUCUGGACGAUACGCCUCUGCAACCCUCUGGACAGCAUUUUGCUGCUGGAUGCUCGCCAAUAUCCUCUUCUCCAUGCCGGUCAUUCUGUAUGCCGGGUAUAUGAUGAUGGCCACCGCUGCGUUCAUCUUCUUCUCCAUGGCCUCUUUCUCCACCAUCAUGAACGUGCCACAGUGUGUUUUCUCCAUAGGAACUGACUCCUUUGAAACGGCAUACAGCCAUUCAUUUUGGCUGGCUCUGGCUACAGGUGUGCUGUGUACCCUCAUUGGGGUUCUGGUGGUGAUGUUAAACUUUAUGAUACCAGAGAAGAUCAACGAGGCUUUCAGUGUGGGUGUCGACAGUUAUGAAGAUGAGGUUGUUUCUUAUGGGGAGGGCUACCUGAAUUCAGUUUUCCUUGAUGGAGUGACAAUUCCACCACUGACAUCAAACAUCAAGGCGGAACAUAUAUGAAGCCGUCCAGGUUUCUCUCAGGGAGCUUUUUCAGCUAAUACUUGAAAAGAUAUUUUUGCUGAAUGUGUUACAGAUGGAGUGUCUAAUUUCACACCUGUUUUAAGUGAGCCUGUAAGUUUUAUGUGUUAUUAAUGAUUGAACUGUAAAUAGUUGAAUUUGUAAAGUUCAUUGUCAUGUUGCAGUAGUUGUAAGUACAAUAUAUAAAGUUGUAUGGGAUCCAUACAAUAUGUGUAUAUACACUGAUCAAUAUGGAUUAUAGGUCUGUCAUUGUUCAACUCUUUUUUCAUUAGAAAUGAAAAAUGAAACAAAAUAACUGUUAGUUUUAUAUUGAUUACUUUGAUGUUUGGUAGCCUCUUCAGGAUUUCUUGCAAUGCAUGUAUGUUGUCAUGGCAACAACAUGUGGUUUAAUUAGUGCAUAGUUUCUGAGCGGUGUCAUCGGUUGAAGUAUUCUUUUUUCAUAGCUUCGGAGAUCCAAAUAAAUGUGAAAUCGAGGAAGAAUGAA